AUGCUGCACCAGUCUAGUGCCAGCUCGGUGGUACCGUCCACAUCGUCGGCCUCGGCCCCUUUGUCUUCUUCCCAAAGCAAGGAGGCCAACACAAAUGGCGCCAGCGCCUCUACCGAUAGCAGCUCGACAACCACCCUCGCCGCCCCAUCAACCGCCACGACGACAGCCACUGUUGGAGAAGAUGCGGCAGCUUCAAGGCAAAGGGCAACUGGAUCUGAGUCCGAUGCCGAAACCCUUGCUCUCAAGGUUGGGCUCGGAAUUGGCAUACCGUUCGCUGCGGCCAUUGCUGCGUUUGCAGUCUGGUGCUGCUUCUGGCAGAGACGCAGAAAGUCUACAAAAGCAGCCGAAAUGACACAGCAGCGGCAGCAGCAGCAGCAGCAGCAAAUGCUACCAACGAGUAAUUACAGUCUCAUGCCAGGGAGCUCGAGUCUGGAAAAAGACUCGCCGAUCGCACACUAUCAGGGCAUGUCUCCCUCGCCACAAAGUACCUUGUACUCAGCCGGCGCCCCCAAGGAGUUUUAUGUUAACCCUCGCUUCCACCAUGGAGGUAGCGAAUUGCAAGGUUCUCACGAUUUGUCACCUCGGGAGCUUCAAGGGAGUACAUGGCCUCAAAACACCCAGAGGCUUUGA